CGUCGUCACAAAAUUCGAAAAAGCCGCGCAAGUUAUGUUGAUAUUUUCGUAUUCUCUGCAGUUAGAAAACUAUUCGAAUCGCGUGUAAAGCGUGCAGUAAAUGCAGAAACGACAGACAGCCAGAGCCAAAUCGGCUUAAGUCGGCAAAUAUAUGAUAUAUUUUUGUAUCUGGCGAUUUCUGCUGUUGUGUGUGCUUCGCUAAUGUUGGCAUCUUUGUUUUUACUUCACGAAUUGUUUUGUUUUGCUGCGGUUUGUUAGUGGAUUCGGCCCGCAGCUAAACUUGAAUUUAAGCUGAAUUUGCAAAACUGCGACGACAAAACAAGCGAAAAACAAUAAUAAUAACAACAACAACAAUACGAAAAAGAAAGAAGCAAAGCAUACCAAGAUAUGUAUAUAUUCAGAUAAUAAAGCGUGGCCACAACAAAAGAUACAACUGAAGUGAUCACAAGUUUUGUGAGUGUGUGAAACUAAAAGCUAUAACGAAUCGAGAUACUUGAUCUAUAUUGUCCUGGAUUAAAUAUAUUUUUGGUAUCUCGAUUGAUAGAGUGUGAGGAGGGCAAGCACAAUGUGCUCUUAAAUUUUGAGAUCCAUUAAUAACUCGGCUCUAAAACAAGACAAUUAAAAUCUGAAGCAUCACCAUGCUGGACAAAACAAGUUCCUGCUGUUCCUCAUCCACCACCAUGGACUAUGAUGUGCCUGUCUCAAGGCGCAUUCACAUCAAAUCGAAACUAUAUGCAAAGGCCAUGUAUGAUAAUAUUCCCGACACACCCGACGAAUUACCCUUCAAGAAAGGCGAAAUUCUUACCGUCAUCGAACAGGAUACGGAAGGCUACAAGGGCUGGUGGUUAUGUUCACUGCGCGAUAAAAAGGGUCUGUGCCCCGGCAACCGGUUACGCGUUAUAAACUCUUAUGACUCGGGCUUCUUCUCGCCGUCACCCGCCAGCUCACCCAUACCGUCGCUGGCUGCCAGCACAGCCACCUUAAACAGUUCCAUCUGCUCGACGGAAAUCUACGAGAACAGCUCGAUCAUCAGCGCUGGUAACGGAGAGGUGGGGGGCAGUCAGCUGCAUUUGAAUCAGCAGCUAGGCCAGGCGCAGUCGCAGUCGCAGUCGCAAUCGCAGUCACAGACAUCGCAGGCCAGAGGCUCACGCAUGUCGUGGCAUGCAUCAUCGAACAAGGGUACCAGCAGGCCGCAUCGCAGUCAUAUCAACGGCUCACCCACUCCAUUGUCAGUGGACCACCAGAUCUAUAGUAACGAUAGCAUCUACCAGAACCUGCAGAACCUUUCGAUCAUGUCAGUCUCAUCGAACGGGAGUGGCAGUGGAGGGGAAUUCGAAACCUACGACAUACCAAAGCCUGCUACACCCGUCAACUAUGACAGUCCCAAGAACGUGGCAGGAGCCUGUCGCACGCCCACUUCCGCCUCAGCGCUGAGUCAACGCUUUGAGUCGCUUAAGAAUGCCCCCAUCGAGGAGGAAUCGUACGAUGUGCCACGUUCUCUAAAUCCCAGCCUUUUGCAACAGCAGCCCACAAUGACGCCCAGCAGCUCGGUCUCCUCGCUGUUGACCAGCGAUAGCGUAUCCCUGUCCUUCUCCUCUUCCAACCGCUCCUCGCUGGCCAAUAUGCCCGACUACGAUAUACCUCGUCGUAAUCCAAUUGCUGUGCGUGCCAUACAGCAGCUGACAGCGUCUCGCCAGAAUUCCACAAACUGUCCCACCUAUGACUUUCCACUGCCACCCGUGCAGGAACAGGAGCGACGAGCACCAACAAAUGGCCAGUUGUUAGACACAACCAAAGAGCUGCCUUUGGAGAUGAACUCUGCGUUAGACACGUUGGCUAAACUGCAAUCGGAGAUGACAAUGGCGAUCACGAGGCUGUUGUCGUUCGUCGUACCCAAUUGGCGUUCGAGGGCGCAACUAGAACGAGUCAUCAUGGAGCUGAAAUUGGCGGUCCUCCGACUGCGCACGGCGCUACACGAUCUGGCGGAAUUCGGAGAGUGCGCAUUGGGCAAUGCGACACGUUCGGAGGAUCCCAAUCUGGCGUUGAAGCUGCGACCAUUGGUGCGUGCUUUAAGAGAUGCCAAUAAGCUAAUACACGAUUCUUCUGAAGCUCUGGAUGCUCAGGGAUGCUGGUCCGUGGAACAAUUGGCGAGGGAUGAUGAGAAACACGGAUGUCGCCCGCCGGAUAGUCUGGAUCAGCUGAUGGCAUGUGCGCAAACGUUAACGGAGGAUGUGCGCUCCACCACAUCCUUCAUUCAGGGUAAUGCCUCCCUGCUCUUUAAACGACAGCCUCCCACGGGAACCUUAGCGACCAAUGGUCAGGAUAGUGUGGAUGGCUCUGCGUCGGCUUCAGCGAACAGUAGUGGUAGCCGCACUAGUGCAGAUUGGCUUGAGGAUUACGACUAUGUAUCAUUGGAGUCCAAGGAUGUUGCGGCGAAGCGAAAUCAGAUAUUGCGUGAUGCCUUACCCCCCAACAUUAAAGACCGAUUCGAUGCGGCAAUCAAGCUAGCUGAGAAUACAGCGAUGGCUUCAACAGUUGCAACCGCACCAUUGACCCCAACGGCUAACAACAAUAGCAUAACCAAGGUGCAGCAGAUGUCGGACAAGGAUAAAAAGGUGGUGUACUACUAUGCCCAAUCAAUUUCCAUGCACAUGGGCAAUCUACUGCAGGCCAUCGAUUCAUUUUUCGAGACGGUGAAGAAAAAUCAGCCUCCAAAAUAUUUCAUAGCCUAUGGCAAGUUCGUCGUGGUCAGUGCACACCAUCUAGUCAACAUUGGAGACAAUGUGUACCGCAAUAUUUCCAAAGAGACGCUACGCGAGAAAAUCCUACGCUGCACCAACGGCCUCUCCGAUGCACUCCGGACCUGCGUGCUCAAGUCAAAAAAAGCAGCAGCGCAUUUUCCGAGUGGCAGCGCUGUACAGGAAAUGGUGGACUCCGUAGAACACAUCAAUCAGACGGCUCAUGACCUCAAGCUGGCCAUGCUGCAGGCUGUACAGUUGUCCUCUUAGACGCCACAGUACGCAAAAUCGGUGGGAAAAAUUCCCUUCGCUAAAGGCUUAAAGUCUUCCAGGCUUCGCUAUCGCUAGUGUUCCCAUGCCCCGCUGGACUUUACAACAUAAAAAUGUGUCUGCCCUCCUAGCUUAUAUCUGAAUAAGCAUAUCCGACGGUUUUGGAUCCGCAACAUUGCCAACGUCGCUUUUACUUUGCAUUGUGAUAUUGUAUUUUGAGCAAACAUCCUAAAUGCGCCUAAACCAAAGAUCGUCGCAGGCAACCGCACGAUCUCCACGAAUAUACAUUUGAACAUAGAAGACCUACGUUUAAAGGAAUCACAUCUUUAGACGCUAAUUCACUCAAACGUAAUGGUAUCUAAUGAAUGCUUUUUAAUGUGAAGGCCGGAACAGCGAGAGAUCAUCAAGAAAGGCUUAUGCAACAGAACAGAUUCGUUGCACUAUAUACUAUAUAUUCAAAUAGUAUUUCCACUUUUGAACAUUUGAUUUCAUGAAAUUUGGCCAGAGAGAAGGAUCAUAGGCAUGCUGUCUCUUCCGUUUUGGGUACCACAUCGGGGUCGAAAAAGGCCUUAUUGUAUUUACAAAGGCCAGGCGUCGAACUUCGUGGCACAGUUCAUUGCCUAAGAAACACUAAACGUAGAGUCAGCCAUCCAUAUGUAUAAAUGCAUAGCAGUAAAUUAGUUCUGCAAGUUUCAGUCAACCCUUAAUCUUAGUUCAUCCUGUAUAUAGCAUUAUUGUCCCUUCACUAUUGUAAAUUCGCAUUUAUUCGCCGAUAGGUCGUUUUUUUUUUAAAUAAACAGAUCACCAUUAACGUGUUUCAAAUUUUGAUCUGCGUGUAUACAUAUGUAUGUUUAAGAACCAAGAACUUUAAAUACACAAAUAUAGACAUUUACGUAGUACUUAUAUAGUAGGCAUUAUCAUUUAGAACUUCAUACAUACGCACAUAUGAUAGACAUAGUCAAAAUCUAAAAGAUGUGGAAGAAACUUUUCAUGUUGUAUUUAUGCCAUGAUGGCAGGAAAAAUGCAAAUUAGUCAGCAAUAUUCGAAAAUAUACAUAUAACAUAAUAAUUACUAAUAAAACUAAAUACAGCAAAUAUAUAUGCAAAAUAUUGGAUAAUAUUGCUUGUCCCAAUCGUAAACUAUUGUAUACAAAUUCAAUAAAAUAUACAAAUUAAUAUUUAAAAUAA